AUGAGCAUCAACUACCAGCACGCACUGAACACCUACGUUGCCCAGGACCACUUCGGUGUGGUCCUCGGCAUCUACAACCCGGCCGAACACGGCACGGUCGAGGAGUUCAAGCACCGCAUGACGGAGCUGCACGCAGUGAUCGACAGCGUGCAGUCCCUCGGCCACCCGGCCGAUCAGGUGAUCGGCUUGGCGUGCGCCUUCAAGAACUUCUGCGAAGUGCUCGGCCUCGAUCCGAUGGAAGUGCUGCGGGUCGUCUCGCGCAUGGAGCAGGACUGCCGCUACCGGCAGGUCAACACCCUCAACGCCGUGCGCCGCUACGCGGAGCGCGAGCUGAAACCGCACUACCCGUGA